UAAAUACACAACACAUAAUCCUUCCCCUUAUGUUUUUGUCUAAAUUGUAUGAACAAUUGUAGCGAUGGGCCCCCUUUUGUGGCAUUAAGCACCUGCCCCCAAACAUGUCUGUGCACGUGCCUGAUUAUUGUUGUUGUAAUAACUCCUUAUUUGUUUCAACUGCGUCAUAGACAUUUUGUCGUAUGCUAAGGAACUGUGUGCACUACCAAAGAAAAAUGAAAAAAAUUGUGUAAAAGGCUCCUUAAGUGUACUGCAUGAGUUGGAUACACAUGCAUGUGACUGUAUAUUGUGUGAAGGAGCAAAGUUUGCAAAUAAAAGUCACUUCAUAAAUCACCCACAAAGGCUGUCAUGUGUUGUUGAGAUAAGGUAUUAGCCUGGUUGUGGGAGGUCUUUUAUUCCCCACAGUGACGUGUAAAUACAAUUCUGUUUACCAUCGAGACUUCCUUGGAAGAGUGCUCGUGUGUGUCACGUGGUGCAAAGUAAACAGUUGUGUCUUUAAGAGCAGCUUAAAAAAGCAGAAGCACUCAGAGCAAAACUCAGACAACUCUGCACUAACUUCACACAGCAACGCAACUUUCAUCUUAUGACUUGCCAAUUGUCCUCAGCAUGUCGACAAAUGAAGAGCUGGAGUGUGUGGUGUGCUGCCACGAGUACUCACACAGUCAGCGGGUCCCGCGACUGCUGCACUGCAGUCACACAUUCUGCGUCCCUUGUCUGGAGAAACUGGCCAACGUGGACACCGACAUCCAAACCAUCUGCUGCCCCCUGUGUCGCAGGAUCACCACCUUUCAAGCCAGACUCGCCCUGCCUGAGGCAUUGUGGGUAAACACUGAGAUUUGGGAUCACAUACCAAAGAAAGAGCAGAAGAAGAGGACGGAGGAAUCCGUGGAGGAUUUGAACAAGAAGCUCUUCAGGCCCAUGUUGUCGAAUUCAAAUCACACUGCUUUCAAGUCCAGACUGCAUAAAGUGUUCAACUGUUUUCUGCUGGAGGAGGGACAAUUUUGGUCUGAUUCUAUCGUUGUCAUUUGACAUUCAUCUGGACCAAUGCAACACUCCAUGUUGCACACUUUGGAAAGACAUGUUUGUGGCAUCUUAUUCUUUGCAUCAAAGUUUGUUUGUUUUUUUAACAUGAACUCGCUGAAUUGUACAUUCACCUGAUUUCAACUGUGAUUUUUUUUUUGCGGGGGGGAGGGGGGGGGGGGGUUGUAUUUAUACAUCAAAUUACACUGCACUCAUCUAAGUCCAUCCAUCCAUCCAUUUUCUGAGCCGCUUGUCCUCACUAGGGUCGCGGGCGUGCUGGAGCCUAUCCCAGCUGUCAUCGGGCAGGAGGCGGGGUACACCCUGAACUGGUUGCCAGCCAAUCGCAGGGCACAUAGAAACAAACAACCAUUCGCACUCACAGUCAUGCCUACGGGCAAUUUAGAGUCUCCAAUUAAUGCAUGUUUUUGGGAUGUGGGAGGAAACCGGAGUGCCCGGAGAAACCCCACGCAGGCACGGGGAGAACAUGCAAACUCCACACAGGCGGGGACGGGGAUUGAACCCCACACCUCAGAACUGUGAGGCUGACGCUCUAACCAGUCGGCCACCGUGCCGCUACUCAUCUAAGUCCAGAAUGAAAUGCACUUUGAAACUGUGUGUACUGAACCAUACGAGCUGGGCCAUGUGUAUAUAAACUGCUGAUAUACGUGGAAUUUACAUUUUAACUUUCAGUCUUAGUAAACUCAUAAUUUAUCACAAACACAGUUCAAGUACUGCAAAUAUGUCUACAGUUUGCUAACGCAAACCUAUGAAAUUCCUUUCUAAAGUUCAUCCAGUCUUUUAUAUUUUAGGAUAUUGAAUAUUUAAAAUGGCGGCACGUUGGUGCUUUAGCUGUUUUGCACAUCUGCCUCACGGUUCUGAGGACCCGGGUUCAAAUCCCGGCCCCGCCUGUGUGGACUUUGCAUUUUCUCCCCGUGCCUGCGUGGGUUUUCUCCGGGCACUCCGGUUUCCUCCCACAUUCCGGAAACAUGCGUGGUCGGUUAAUUGAAGACUCUAAAUUGCCCGUAGGUGUGAAUGUGAGUGCGAAUGGCUGUUUGUUUAAAUGUGCCCUGCGAUUGGGUGGCGACCAAUUCGGGGUGUACCCCACCUCUCGCCCAAAGGUAGCUGUCUGUUAUCGGCUCCAGCACGCCCGUGACUCUAGGGAGGAUAAGCGGGAUUGAAGAUGAAUGAAUAUUGAUGGUUGCUUACUGACCGUGGGGGAGAGGAAGAUGUCUCGCCUUCGGGAAGAUGACUCAGCGGGAAUCG